AUGAUUUUGCCGAUUGCACUGAUUCUCAACAGCUUCGUAAUGUUGACACUUGCUGAACCACAUUCAUCCGAUAAAGAACAGCUACGGCUAACGCCAAAGAAUGGCGAAGUUCUUUUAACACCAGUACGAUUUCCCGUGAUCGAAACUGAUACAUUAACAAGUGGCAAAACGAGUGAAAAUAUGUCCAGAACUGAAGCUUUAAAUGGAGACCCCGAUAUCAUUUUCAGUGGCGUACCGCAAUUCAAGAAAGUAAUGGAGAUGUUGCUCCGAGAUAUUCAACGGGGUAAUCAUCUGUUGCUAGUCGAUGAUCGGGGACUGGAAAAUAAGAAAAUCGUGGACAGACUGUUACAUCAAUUGAAUCACCCUACAUUAUACACAAAGUUGCACCGCGACGCAACGGAACAGUCUUUGAUAGUACACCCAACUGUCAAAAAUGGAACAGUCAUUUACGAAGAUUCACAACUCGUUAAAGCCGUUAAACAUGGCUACGUGUUAGUUGUGGAUGAAGCCGACCAAGCGCCAACAACAGUGACAAGCAGCUUAAACUCGUUAAUGGAAAAUGGAGAGAUGGUACUAACCGAUGGUAGAAGGAUGAGUUCUAAGAAAAUUAUGAACAGAUAUGGAGGCAAACCAUCUGGUAUCAUUCCCGUGCACGAAGACUUUAGAAUGAUAAUAAUGGCUAGUCAAACUGGAUUUCCAUUCUUGGAAUUAGAAUCUCCUGCUUUUUUAGCAGGUCUCGAGGACAGAGGUUUGCUCAACUUCAGUUCGCCUGCACACCCAGAAAAUCGUUCUAACCGCCGCCGACUUGUUCCUUCAUUAACAAGUAGUGAGAUGGGAAUCGUCGCCAAAGCAGGCAGCUCUAACCCAGCGUUAACCACUCUCGUGACGAGCGGCCAUCCUACGGGACCAUAUAGUGCUACAGCAAUAGCCUCGGGGUCAGCAGUCGCCACUGCAACAGCAUUGACCUAUGGUACGGGAACCUCGACUGCUACGGCAAUUGCUGACGGCUCAUCAGUUGCCACCGCUACAGCACGCUCAUAUGAUGCAGGAGUAGCCACUGCCACAGCAGACACUCAUGACUCAUCAUCUGCCGAAGCUACAGCACAUGCAUACGACAAAGGAAUCGCCACCGCCAUAGCAAACGCUUUUGGCUUAAAAGUCGUCAAGGCCAAGGCAAUCGCCAAAGGCACCGAAGUCAUUACCGACACACAAACUAGGCCCUUAAUUUAA